AGCAUGGGAGACCAAGGGGUGAUCAUCCUUCCAAGCUUGCUUGUAUGUCUGUUCAUGAUUCUCUUGAUUUUCAUCAUCAACAUCCUUCGCAAACAAUGGUGGAAUCCGAUUCGCUUACAGAAUCUGAUGGGUUUUCAGGGAAUCAAAGGUCCUUCUUACAGACUUAUUCAUGGAAACAACAAAGAAAUUUCCAACAUGAAAAGGAAAAGAGGCAGCAGCACAGUCGAUCAAUCUCCCUAUACUACUUUAGGCUCGCACGAUACAUUUUCUCAAGUUCAUCCUCAUAUUCAAUCAUGGACCAAGACAUAUGGGAAAAAUUACCUCCAAUGGAAUGGUCGUCAAGCUCAGUUGGUGAUUACGGAACCUGAGUUGUGCAGAGAGAUACUAGAGAACAAAGAUGGAUCAUUUACAAAGCUUAUGCCCCCUAGCUAUAUAAAGAAGCUAAAAGGAGUUGGUAUCCCAAGAUCGGUGGGUGCAAAAUGGGUGAAGCUGCGAAAACUGGGAAACCAUGCCUACCAUGGAGAGAGUUUAAAGAGUAUGAUUCCAGCAAUGAUAGCUAGUACCGAAACAUUGUUAGAAAGGUGGGGAAAUCAUGACGGCAAAGAGAUUGAUGUGUUUGAAGAAUUUAAGUUGCUGACAUCAGAAGUGAUUUCGAGGACAAUAUUUGGCAGCAGCUACUUAGAAGGAUUAAGCAUUUUUGAGAAGUCAAUCAAGUUAAUGUUUUCCUUUAUAUUCAAGAGUCCUUUCAAACUCAGGCUCCCUGGCAUCAGUAAAAUUAUCAAAACCAGCGAUGAGGUCGGAUCUGAGAAGCUUGAAAAAGAAAUACGUGAUAACAUACUAUCUAUUGUUCAGAAACGAGAGAAGGCAAUGAGAGCUGGAGGAGAAGGAAACAACUUUGGGAGUGAUUUGCUUGGGUAUCUGUUAAGGACUUGUCAUGAUUCGAAUGAUAAUAACAGGAUCUUACUCGAGGAGUUGGUGGACGAGUGCAAGAUUUUGUAUUUUGCCGGACAAGAAACCCUAGAUGUUCUAACUUGGACCGUCUUUCUUCUUGCCCUCCAUACGGAUUGGCAAGAGGAAGCCAGAAAGGAGGUCCUAGAAGUAUUUGGAAAACAAGCUCCCAAUCCUAAUGACAUAUUCAAGCUAAAAACUAUGAGUAUGAUCAUCAACGAGUCUCUAAGAUUAUAUCCUCCCCUCGUUUCCCUAGUAAGGAAAGUUGAAAAGGAAGUUAGACUAGGAAACCUCAUUAUCCCUGCUGAUGUUCAAUUGCUCAUCCCAACCCUUGCAUUCCAUCAUGAGCAACAGUUUUGGGGACCAGACGUACACCUAUUCAAACCGGAGCGAUUUUCAGAAGGGAUUGCUAAAGCUACAAGUAACAACAGAGCCGCAUUCUUACCCUUUGGAAUGGGACCUCGAACGUGUGUGGGCUUCAACUUUGCGACGACGGAGGCAAAGAUUGUUCUGUCAAUGAUUCUACAACGCCACACCAUCACCAUUUCCCCGACUUAUGUUCAUUCGCCGCGUGAGUUUAUUACAGUUCAACCAGAAAAUGGUGUACAAGUAGUUCUGCACUCACUAUGAUCGAA